AUGUCAUUAGAUCGAGAUGAAUUUAAUAAUUUUAGGCCAAUCUCAAAUUUAGCAUUUCUCUCCAAAACACUCGAAAAGAUUGUUGCUUCCCAACUUGACACCUACUUAACAAAUCAUCAAUUAUAUGCCAAGAUGCAGUCAGCGUACAGAAUCCAUCACAGUACAGAGACAGCACUACUUAGAGUUGUGAAUGACGUAAUGAGGGGGAUUGAUGAUCAACAAGAAUGUGUUCUAGUGUUACUUGAUCUUUCAUCAGCAUUCGACACAAUUGAUCACGACAUUUUGCUUGACAGGCUGUGUAAUCGUUAUGGUCUUUCGGGGGUAGUUCUGGAUUGGCUAAAGUCUUACCUUUGUGAUCGCCCUCAGCGCGUGGUCGUAGAUAAUGUUUCUUCACGACCGUGUUUCGCUAGCUGUGGGGUUCCGCAGGGAUCUGUUUUGGGACCAUUGUUGUUCUCUUUGUACAUUGCUCCCCUCGAAGAUGUGAUCAUGUCCCAUGGAAUAGAUGCCAUGAUGUAUGCUGAUGAUUCUCAACUUUAUAUUUUUCUGAAUCGUAAUAACUGCAUUAUCGCAACUGAAAAGUUGGAAGCCUGUAUUGACGACAUUAUGAAUUGGAUCACUUGCAAUAUGGUUAUGGGCAAUCCAUCAAAGACGGAAGUAAUUCAUUUUUAUUCACGUUACAUGAAACCUGAUUGUCCUCUUCGUCCCAUCAAAGUAGGAGGGCAUGAUGUACAACCCGUAAACAAAGUAAAGGAUCUAGGAGUUACACUCGAUUCCUGCCUUACUUUCAAAGUGCAUAUUAAUAACAUAUGUCGUUCGGCUUCACAAUCAAUACAUCAAAUUGGCAAAAUAAGAAAAUAUCUUUCACGAAAGGACACCGAAAGUCUUGUUCAUGCUUUUAUUUCAUCCAAACUUGACUGUUGCAACGGCGUGCUCUACGGCCUUCCUUCUUGUGAAUUACAGAAGUUGCAAAGGCUACAAAACACUGCUGCCAGAUUAGUCGUCAGAGAAGGGAAAUCUGCGCAUAUAACACCGGUACUUUCUAAUCUCCACUGGCUUCCUGUGCAACAACGAGUGACUUUCAAACUCCUUUUGGUGACCUAUAAAGUUCUUAAUGGCAUUGCCCCUUCAUACAUCACCGAUCUACUUCGUCGUCAUAUCCCUGCCCGUACUUUGCGCUCCAGCAGUCAAAAUUUGUUAACUAUGCCUAGAGUGCGAACAGAGACAUAUGGCGAGAAGUCUUUUUCCUGCGCUGCUCCGAGACUUUGGAACAAUCUUCCUGACUCUAUUAAGCAAAGUCCAACUAUCGAUGAGUUUAAAUUAAGGCAAAGUUGAAAACAUAUCUUUUUAGGAUAGCUUUUACUGAGUAACUGUUUUUAGAUUUUUAGAUUCUUGUUGUAAAAAGCAUUGAGACUCAUGUAUAAUGCGUUUUAAAGAACAAUUAUAUUAUUAUUAUACACCUGCGUUAUAAAUAAUCCCUAUCUAUCCAUUGUGAUAAACUUAGUCAUGCAAAUUCGUAUUGCCGUAAUCCCCUUAAUUACCUACACCUCCUAAUGACUUAGCAACACAUAACAACGCAACAUUUGCAAAGUUUAAAACAUGUUUAUUGAUACAAAUAACAGACGAUAGCGUCAAAAUAAAUUACAACUAAGACUGUUUGUUAAACUGUUCUACAAGAUUUUUCUCCAAGAAUCCUUGAUAAGCUUUCUUAUGAUCUGCCUCAAAACUUCUAACUCGUUCACCCGUCGCCUUCACAUAAUACAUGUAACUCGGUGGGUACGAAAAAAACGCCCCUUCAGCUGUUGACUCGAGCGGGUCUUCUAAUCUCCAAUGAAACAAAUAGUUCAAUAUACAUUGUAGUUCGUGGUUCUCAGUGGUCUGAUGUAGUUCCAUCAAUGAAUCGACAAACAUAGAAUCUGGGUCUUUUUCCAGUUGCUGUAAAUGUUCGAGUACAUCUCUGUCAACCGCCAGUUUUAAGCCCCGUUUACACUACGCUCAAUUUUUGGUACGGCACGGAUAAAAGUGGUACCCGUACCACUUUUUUGGUUCGUGGACUACCUAUUUAGGUAGUCCAAAAACCAAAAAGUGGUGCAGUACCAAAAAUUGAGCGUAGUGUAAACGGGGCUUAGCUAAAUAGGUUGUCCAAGAACCAAAAAAGUGGUACGGGUACCAAUUUUAUCCGUGCCGUACCAAAAAUUGAGCGUAGUGUAAACGGGGCUUUAGUACCCUCAUUGCCUCAGCGAAUUCAUACGCUUACCAUUCACUCGUUCGAUCGCUUGUAAACCAUAUAUUUGCCAUCGUUCGUUUUCGUUCAUCAUGAGGCAGUCAUGUUGUCUUUGACUAGGAUAACCGACUUGACAACCAUUACAGGAUUCCACACAAAGUCUUUCAACUUCUUGUGCGACUGCAUUCGCAAAAAUUCCUUCCAAUAAAUUGUAAGAUGUGGUUUUACCAUGUAGACACGCCAUGACUGAUGUGGAACAAAUACAAAACUAUGCCUGCUACAAGACACUUGUCGAUUUUAUACAGAUACUUGUAUAAAAGUUCAUAGUAAGCCAACAUUAAGCCCUUUUUUGUAUCAUACACGUGGGGAGGACGCUGAAAAAUGCGUAGUCAGCACGUUUCACCCGAUCGUGUUUAAGCUCGCCCGCCUGACGUCAUUACUUGCCUGAUCCUACCCGCGUGACGUCAUUGCAUGUAAUUAUGACGUAUGCUAAUGAUGAUGCGCCGCCCCGCGCCGCCCUAAAAAUCCGGGUCGAACGGCCUCUAUAUUACUACUGCCCUGACAAAAAAUUCCCAUAUAAACACUUCAUCCCGGCUAGGCGGGAUGAACUUUUCCCUUUUGAGCAUGCGUAAAUGCCUUUAUUGCAACAAAAAUAUGACGUCAAGCACUUAAAUGGCUUCAUCCCGGCAAUGUAUUUUGUCCAUAUAAACACUAGGCGAAUUUCUCGUCUAGGUGGGAUGAAAACGUCGCGUCCCGUCCAGGUGGGAUCAUAUAAACAGGCCCUAAGUUAUUUAUGAAUUUCGCCUUGACUUACAAAUUCCAAUGAACAACCUAUGUGAUCAUUAAACUGAAAUGUUUCGUUCUCCUUGUAGAAAUAGAUGAACAAUGCAAUACACAUGGAACUUGUAAAUUGAAAGUGGACGAAGAGCGACAAUGCGUAGAAAUAAAAUGCGAUUGUUUCAUCGGAUAUAGUGGCGAUAAAUGUGAAGUGGAAGGUAGGUUAUAUUGCAGCUAUAGAGCCCAACUGCUCAAGGAGCGAAAACUUUGAUUGUGAAAAAUUACUGCAUGUCAUAAACAUAUGCACCUACUGAACUUUUAUCUACUAAAGCUAUAGACUCAGGGACGCCGGGACUGGGGGGGCAGGGGCGGGGCAGGGGGGCUAGGGGGGCAGGGGGGCAGAAGUGCCCUUUUAGUUGUAAAAUACUACGUGAUAAAUCACAUUUCCAGUGAUGCUUUUUCUGGGAAAAUCAUGAGAUUCAGGUAAUUUAUAGGCCCAGAGAGAGUAAAUUAACAAAAAUAAUUGUGAAUUUGGUAAAGAAUGAGUUUAAUUUACAAAAAUUUUAGAAAAUGUUUGGACCCUAAAAUGGUACACUGACCGAAAAUUUUUUGGCCACGGGGGGGGGGGGGGGGGGGAGGAAAAAAAAAUUUCCGGUAGAUUUUAAACUUUUGCUCUAUAGAGGUGCCCUUGGUGUGCGUCUGCCCCCCUUUGCCUUAUUAUCGUUCCGGCGUCCCUGGCUAUAGUAUGCUGGAUUUGAAAUUUUUAAUUUUUUAAAAGAUCAGAGAGAAUCAUGUGAAAUUCAGUACUACGUACGACCAAAUGACGCGCCCAGUCCAUCGUCAAAUAAGAGAUAAGAGAUAAGAGAUAAUUUAAUUUGCCACAGAUAUCAGUUAUAUACAAGUUAUUUUAUGAUAAUAAUAUAGUUAAUUUUAAAUAGUCAAUAUGUAUACACCAUAAAAUAGCUAGAUAUCUAAAAUUCAUAAAGAAAACAUCCCGACCUGCUUUCUUCCACUUCUUGCAGAAACAGACUGCAAUCAAAACAGUGAUUGCAAAAAUGAUGGAAUAUGUGACUGUAGCAAACAGUGUACAUGCGCCUCGGGAUUCAAAGGUGUAUUUUGCUACGAACGAGGUAAACAUUGAAUUUACUGAACUUAGCUUUGUUUACAACAGAGCUAUUAAUAUCACAAAAUAUUUACAGGUGAUCUUUAAUUCCGUAGGCUGUACUAUAUAUGGCUAUAGACCAAAAAUAAUCUACAUCGUACUUGAAUGUUUGAUUUAAGUUUUAAGGCCAUGCAUGCAGAGAUGAUUUGUGCAGAUUUCAAGUCAAUAGGAAAGUUAUUCCAAGUCUCAAGUCAUAAGACAAGAGAUUAUUUCAGGAAAUUAGCAUUAGACUUACGCUUAUAGAUAAAUAUUAAAUAAUGCGAAACUAAAUUCGCUCUGUCUUGCACUGUAGUCAUGGACUUAAUUUAUAUUGGUGAAAACCUCUAUUAUCGCCCUUGCUCGAUCCGAUAAACUUGUCUAACUUCUGUUGUCUUUCCGAGUAUCUUUUCAGAGAGGAUGUCUAAACAAACAAACAAAAGAAAUAACGAUUUUUCUAAAAUGUUGUUCAGAGUGGCGAGGCUAAUUUCGAAACCAUAGAUUGUCGAACACCUUGUUUAAAAUACAUACACACAGCACUAUACAUAUAUAGCUUUUUUAGCAAUUGCAUGCAUCCAGUUACAAGCCAGUGGCCAAGUGGUACUGGUUUAGGGUGUGUGUUGUACAACAUGUUUCCGUGUUUUUGUUGCAGAACACCAAUCCUAUAUUAACUUCCCUCGCAUUCAUUUUGCUGGAAGAUUCCAAGCUGAUCCGUCGACCAUAAAUAAUUAUCCAGAUAAUUUUGACACGGAUAACUUUCCCGGGCAAAGUAAGGGAUGGAAUCCAAACGGAAGUGCAACAUGGCGACUGGUGGACACACGAAUUACAAGAGUUUGUUAUGCAAACGAAGUUUGCACUUCUUUGGAAACCGAUGACGCGCUUAACAACAAAUUACUUGAAGGUAAGUGUUCUCAGAACUUGAGGUAAAGUCAAGACCCAAGGAGCGACAUUCGCUUCCUUUUGGUGAGCUGUAAUUCCAUUUCCAAGAGAUAUGCAAUUAAUGCAAAUGAUAGGUUAAGAGAACGAACGAACAUACUUGAACUUUCACCUAUUCCAACAAGCAACGUUCUCCAUAUCCUAGUAUUGUGAGAACAUGACUGCAACAACAAUGCAACGUAGUUUCCGAUUCUUCACCCUUGCCGGAGGAUCGGAGUUGCAUUUUUUUGCAACGUUUCCGAUUUGGUCUCAAAUCGUAUGUUUCUGUUCCCUCGUUCUCCUGACCUAUACCAAUGCUACCAUUUACAAUUAAGUCAGUUGGAAAAAAAGUAAGGAAGUGCGCAAUCAUAUAAUCCACAAGAAUUGCAAUUGUCUCACUUUUUGAAUCAAUUAUAUGUGCUUGAAAUUAGCACAUUCGCAACGAAUGGGUUGAAUUAGUUCUUCACCGAAAAAAAUAUAAUCUGUUGAUUCUAUUCUUUCUAAAAUACAGAUGGUAAUUUUGGCGCAAGUGCAAAGCUGGUUGAUUUUGAUGUGGAUUUCCAAGCGUCGUCCCAAAUUUAUGGGUGGUCAAUGCAAGUUAAAGACUUUUUUAAAGGAGAUUUUCAGCGCGUUGGAUUUCAGUAUUUGUGGUCAAAAAUGAAAGUUAAUGUCCAUAGUUUGGCAAUCUAUGGAGCUGCAUAUCAAAGUGUUCUUACAAAUGUUCAGUUUGGGUCAAGAAGCGGGGCUUCGCCGAUAACGAAGCACUUAGAGGAAUAUUUGAAUCACAGUGACAAAAAAGAAUUAUCAAUUCGUUUUAACGUUGACAUGUACGAUUCUUUUGGUACCUCAGCUAACUUCACUUACGGAAGAAUUGUUGGUUCCAUAGGCAUUUCAGGUCACGAUUCGCCGCCUUAUUUCACAUUUGGUCGUAUGCUUAAACCAAAUAAUAAUCCUUCAAAUUUUUGGUUUUCUCCUUUUAUUUACGACUAUGAAAAGAAAACCCUCUUGCUUGACCUGGGUAAUAGUUUGGCUAUCAAAGAGGACGGAAAUAUUGUGAAAUCAAUUGGAAAUUUGGUUCUGGCGAAUACAGAUGAAACGAGUGACACAAUUGGAUGUCCCGACACAUGGAAUCCAUUUGGCCAUAUAUACUUUAGUGACUUAGAAAAUUACGCGCUUACAGCUGGAAUAUUUAAGAUUGAUGUGGGAGAAGAGGAUUUGAGAAAAUCCAGAGUUAUUUUGGCGCAGGUACGGUACUUGAUUUUUCUUCAAUUUAUGGUUGUUGAAUAUAAGCUCACUUCUUGCAUUGUAUUUACCCAUCCACUGCAAAUCUGCCACUUUGUAGGUAGGUAUGUCCAUUGGAUCCAUUGUAAAAGUGAAAUUUCUAUUGACCAUAUGACUCUUGAUCCAUUGGACAAGUAAAAUAACUAUUAUAUCGACAUAUGACUGUCCAUUGGCUCUAUUGGCCAAGUAAAAUUUUCAUUGGACAUAUGACUGUCCAUUAGAUCCAUUAGACAAGUCAAUUGUUCAUUGGGCAUUGGACUCUCCAUUGGCUAUAUGAAAUGUUCAUUGGGCAUUGGAUCGUCCAUUGGCUCCAUUGGCCAUGUGAAAUAUUCAUUCGACAUAGGACUGACUGUCCAAUGGAUCCAUUAGACAAGUGAAAUGUCCAAGGGGCAUUGGGCUGUCCAUUUAUACGUAUUUGGCAUAUAUUAAGCCAAUUGAAUUUCGCGGACUUUCACGACCGAAUUUCACGACCGUUGAAAUUCUGUGGAGAUUGUUGAAGCAUAUUAACUUUCUCUCUCCGCCCGUAACUCUACCACAAUGAGCCUGCAGGCUACCAUAAAUAUUCUUUAUGAAGUUUUUUAUUGUCUGGUCUGAUUUGCAGAUAGAUGAUAACGGACGUUGUACAAAGGUUGUUUUGGCAGAAGACAAACAGGGUGUUGAUAUCCACCCUUCCACACGUUGGGUCCUCCGCAGUAUAUAUAAGCCUGCAAAGCCUGUGAUUGUUCAUUUGUUUAUGACUCUGUACGGAAAAUAUCCUGAACAAAUUGGUUCGGUUACGAUAAAAGUGAAUCCGCCACUUCCAGAAGAAUCGAUAAAAGAAACUUCUCCUGGAGUUUUUGAAUUGAAACCGACCAUUGACGACCCAAAACAUGCUCGACUUUUCAUAGAUGGACAGGUCUAUUUUUUCCACUAUUACCUAGAUGGUAGAACCAAUGACAGCGACGUUAAUUCAGCUAUUGUGAUACUUGUCUGGGACAAAUUUGAAGUUCCAACUCAGCCCAACUGGAUCAGACAUGUAAAACCGAUUUUCCAACAGUAUGCAAAUUUGUACCCGGUGAUGAAAAUUAACUUCCUGGACCUUUCAAAUUAUUACGAAGUUGUUGAAAACAAGUACGCACUCAUAAAGACCAUGUCGCUUGACGAGGAAGAUCCGAGUUAUAUGCCUGUCACAAGAGAUUUGUCUCCUGGCAAAGUUCAGAUGAUCUUAAAGUGGCUAAUGGAUGAUAAUCCCAGAUAUGGAUUUUCAAACCUCGGAAUAGGGGAAUACACUUUGAAAUACUUUUUGCAGACAGCACUGCAGUUGGAACACUCGACAAUUCCACCAUAUUUGACAGGUUACCUUUCAAUUAAAAAGGGUUAUAAUACCCAGGUGAAAAGCAUAUUGAAAGACAUUUUAAUUGAUGAAAUGCACCACUUGGCUCAAGUGUCUAACAUAUUGAAUGCAAUUGAUGGAAACCCAAAUUUGUUUGCCCCACAUUUCGUCCCGUCAUAUCCCAGCUAUCUGCCAGGUGGAGUUCACCCGGAUAUCAAAAUCACUGUAAACAAAAUAUCAAUGCUUCAAAUUCGUAAUGUGUAUAUGGUUCUGGAGACCCCGUCUAAAGAACUCGAAGAAAAUGGAUUGAUUAAGGCGGUUGACAAGAUUGUUAAGGAUACGUUAAAACAAGUAUCUGUCUCUGAGACCUCCACUGAGACUGACGCAUGCGAUGAUGUUUUAGCAUUGUACAAUGACGCUGUGAAGAAGAAUGAGGAUAUUCGAACAAACCACAAUACAUUUGGUCAAUUGUAUACCGCAAUCCUAAUCGUGAUGGCAAAGCUUGAAUGUGAUGGUAAAUUAGAAUUCAAAGGCACGAAGCCGCAGCUUGAAGUUCGAGGGGAAGGAGGAAAGGAGGUGUCAACAGUUUAUGACUUUGGAACCGCCGUGCAAGCUAUAAAGAACAUUAUGAAAGAGGGUGAAGGAUCUUCGCCAUGCAAUCCGUUGGAUGAGAGCUCAGGCUUAUCUCAUUACUACAAAUUUGCAUCAAUAGCAAACAAACGUCAUUUAAAAACGAUCAAAAGCAAGGUUAGUUCAAGGAUUUAAAUUCCGUUAGGUGACUGUGA